AUGCCUGUGUCGUCAGCAAGCGCCUCAGUAUUUGUCUCAAUGUGGCUUGAAGUUGAUGGGUCAAGUUUUGAGAAUGCUCUACUUUGGCCAAUCGGCAUCAUUGGUCCCGAACUCACUCCUGUAAAAAUCUACGAGAGGGAGUACAUCAUCGAUCGACUAAGGGCUUUGGAACAGCGUUUCCAAAUGAAACACUUCGAACGCUUACGAGAGGUCUUGCUCAAGGGAUGGAAUCGGACUGCUCAGCUAGGUUCAUUUGAUGAAGACUUUCAUGCCAAUGAUAGUUAUGGUGACGAUGCGUUCCUCUUCGGAUAA